UAUGGUAAGUAUACUAAUAUUAGUGUAUAGUUCAAAUACAACUAGAAAAACUUCUCCAGUUUAUUCUACAAAAUCAACACCUGAUGUAAAUUUUGAUUAUCCAGUACAAGAUUGGAAUUCUAAUCUUACUCAUUCGCUUAAUAUAUCAAAAGAUAAUCUGAACAUCACUGACUUGGUAUCAAAUACUACUGUUCAAGUUAAAACUGAUAAAAAACAAACAAAUUUAAUAUCAAUUCACAUGACUGACUUUCAAAUUUAUGUUAAAGAUUCAAAAGGUCAUUGUUAUGAAAUAAUUAAUGUAUUGGAGAAUAAUCCUGAAAUAUGUCAGUUGAAUAUCUCAUCUAUUAAGUCAGUUAGUUGCGGUGCAGCACAUACCCUUCUCCUCGAUGAAGAUGGUGUUGUUUACUCGUUUGGAGAUGGAAGUCGAGGUCAAUUGGGUAACGGAACGACAGAAACGUCAACAAAUCCUGACAAGAUCCCUGCUUUAAUGGGUAUAGAUAUAAAAGCAAUUUCAGCAGGAAGUUGGCAUUCGGCAGUUAUCACAUCCACUGAUGACUUAUACACGUGGGGAUGGAAUGAUAAAGGCCAGUUGGGAUUUCCGUCAAAAAAAAAUAAACAUAACCACAAAGAGGAAGAAGUUGUUAAUAUAUUAUGUACACCUCAUUGGUUAGAUAUACCUGAAGAGGAAUAUAUAAACAACAUUUGUUGCGGUUCUCAACAUACAAUUGCAUUAACCGGAUCUGGAAGAAUCUACGGUUGGGGUUUGAAUAAAUACGGACAAUUAGGAUUUAAUGCAGAAUCAGAUUUUGUAGAUAAACCGACUGAAUUGAUAUUCUUUAGAGAAGAAGAACUAAAAAUUAUUAACAUAUUUGCACGUCAUUGGACAACUAUAAUAUUAACUGAAUAA